AGUAGAGGACAUAACUCAAUGUGUUUGAAGAUUAGUAUUACAAAAAAAAAAUAGAUUAAAAACUCAGGUAUUCGCAACUAAACGACACCUCGACAGCAGUUUGUUUAGUUGCAUACAGUGCAAUUAUUGGGGCGCUUGGCAAUAAGUUGCUAGAGGAUGGGCCAGGAAUCUAAUAUUUAUUGGCUGAAUCCGGCUUUGGACUUGCACGGCAAUCUCCUUCUGUAAAUUGAUUACCAAAUGCACACGCGCUUAAAUACCCCGUUGGUAGGCUUACUGUGGGAAUACAGGACGACAGACCUUGGAGGAGUAAACAUAUUUAUGGGACAUACACCCAAACACUUUCAUGCGACUUCUGCGAAUGCAGCAAAUAGAACACUUAGCCUUUAAGAACUUAAUCCAAAACAGGAACCUCUGCGGAGGGCCUAAAUAUGGUCAGUAGAAGAACCCAAACAUGAUCACUAAUGGAAGAAAUUGUUAAAAGUUAAGCCUCCUAGACAGAACGAGUAAGGAAACUAAGAACCUUGACAAGAUACAUGUGGGCUAACCUUGACCCGCGAAUGAGCGACGCUAGACAAACUAAAAUUAAAAAUGAAGUAACGUAAAUUACGCUUCUUAACAUUAUAACAGUUUCUCAUUGUAUUUUCGUUAUGGACGUUUUCGGUUUCAGCACCUCAAUCUCCAACGCCAUCUGUUGCUCCUCCUUCAGAACCUGAGAACCCAACCUGUCCUGCGACUUACACCAAGGUAGGGUGUUUUAAGGAUGACAUGCGCUCCCCACGCCCUCUCCCCGAGUUACUCUUCACCGACAGAGAUCCAUUAGCAGAGAAGUACAGUAGGAUCUCCGUCGACUGGAAAAACUGGAAUUUUUACAUGAAGGAUCUCGUCUGCCGUUGUGCCAAGGAAGCAAAACUGCGCAAUUUUGCCUAUUUCAGCAUUCAGUUCUACGGUGAGUGCUGGUCUGGACCAAAAGCAGGAGAGACAUACAACAGAGCUGGGCGUGUACCUAAUAACACGUGUAUAACACGUGAUUACCAGAAGUGCAAUGCUUUAGAUUCUAGGGAAUGUGUUGGGGAGAAGGAGACUAACUUCGUGUAUGGAGUCGAAUUAGCAGCCGCCGAACCCACCUGCCAUGUCAAGUAUCAGAAACUUGGAUGUUACAAAGACACAGUGAAGGCGCCUCGGCUUUUAGAGAAACUCAUCCUAACUGAUCGGGAUCCUAAAUCUCCGGUUUUCAGUAAUGUCAAUAUCGACUGGGGGAACUGGGACUCGUAUUUGCCAAGUUUAGCAUGUAGAUGUGCGGAGAAGGCUGAGGAACACAAGUACACUUACUUUGGUUUACAACAGUACGGAGAAUGUUGGUCAAGCCCAGAUGCCGGCGAAACAUACGACAAACUUGGACCUGCUGGAGAAAGGCAGUGUGUGACCAGCGGUUAUCAGCCGUGUCCGAGAGAUCCAAAAGCCACAGACAAGGAGUGUGUCGGCAGAAGAAAUGUCAAUUAUAUAUAUGCAAUAAAAAAGACUGAAGACGCACGUUGUUCAGUUCCGUUCACACCUGUUGGCUGCUUCAAUGAUAAACAACUAGAGCAUGGUCGUCCACUCCCUGCGCUUCUCAUGACGGAUCGUGAUAUGAAGAGUCCCAAGUUCAGCGGCAUUAAAGUUAAUUGGGGAGAAUGGGACAAGUACCUGAAUGACAUUGUAUGUCGCUGCGCUGCAAAAGCUAAGGAAAAGAAGUACUCUCUCUUCGGUGUUCAGAAUUAUGGUGAGUGUUGGUCAGGGCCCGAGGCGGGUGACACCUUCAGCAGUGAUGGACCGUCAGAAAAAUGUGUGGGAGGCCGGUUCAAAGCUUGCGAUAUAAUGUCACGCGAAACUUGUACUGGAAGAGAAAUGGUUAAUUUCGUAUACUCUAUUACAAUUUGAUGGACUGUAGAAAUGAUGCUGCAAAUAAAUGAAAUGCAGAUAGGAAAAUCGGCUUCCAAUAAGGAAACUAACUCUUAAAAUUAUGGGUAAAAUUAUGAUGACAAUGUUGCGUUGCGCAGCGCCCAUACUAGUGC